AUGACUUGCUGGUUUUCUUGUGCAGCUAAAGACACGCUGAACACAGACUGGAACAAGUAUGAUGACAGGUUAAUGAAAGCAGCUGAAAGGGGCGAUGUGGAAAAAGUUUCAUCAAUCCUUGCCAAGAAAGGAGUCAGUCCUUCUAAGCUGGACGUGGAAGGGAGAUCUGCGUUCCAUGUUGUCGCCUCUAAGGGAAACCUGGAUUGCUUGAACACCAUCCUUGUUCACGGCGUCGACAUCACAGCCACCGAUGCUGCAGGCAGAAACGCGUUGCACCUAGCUGCAAAAUACGGACAUGCUUUGUGUUUGCAGAAGCUGUUGCAGUACAAUUGUCCAACGGAGAAUGUGGAUCUUCAAGGAAGAACUGCUCUUCAUGAUGCAGCUAUGUCAGACUGUUCCACUAGCAUACAACUGCUGUGCGAUCAUGGGGCCUCAGUGAAUUCAAAAGACGGAGACGGGAGGACACCGCUAGUGCUGGCCACUCAGAUGUGUCGUCCCACGGUGUGUCAGCUUCUGAUAGACAGAGGGGCCGAUGUCAAUGCCAGGGACAAACAAAACAGGACGGCCCUAAUGUUGGGCUGUGAAUACGGCUGCAAGGAUGCAGUGGAAGUUUUGCUCAGAAACGGAGCGGAUGUUAGUUUGACUGAUGGCCUUGGGCAUGACUGUGCUUACUAUGCCAGAAUCGGUGACAAUAUUGACAUUUUGGCUUUAAUAAAAGCUGCCGUUGAGGAUUCCAGCAAAGGAAGAGAGACCCUGAAGAAAGGGCAGCCUGAGCAGAAGGUUACUAACAUGUCACAGAAGUGGCACCGGCUGCAUGCCCAGGAGGAGGUGAGUGUCAAGCUGUAUCAGAAGGACCAGAACGCUCAGGAAUUGGAGUUAGAAAAUCAAGAUUUGAAGGAUCGAAUGAGAGAAGUGCAGGAGGAGCAAAGGAUGCUGCUGGAUAGAAUUGGUGGGCUGCAACUGCAAUUGAACGAGGAGCAAAUGUUUGCAGAUGAUCUUGAAAAUGAGAAAGAGGAGUUGAAGAAAAUCCUAACUGCCAAGGAAAAGCAGCAGGAAGAAAGCUUAAGAACCAUUGAAGCUCUCAGAGCUAAACUCAAAUAUUAUGAAGUUGACUUUGUGGGAUCUGGAAGUAACUUGGGUAAUAGAAAAGAAGAUUUAUUACUUAAGCAAGGACAAGCGUUUGCUGUGGAAUCACAGUCUAGGUCAAUGCUGAGACCCCUGGAGCUCUCCCUGCCUAGCCAAUCAUCCGGUUCAGAGAAGGAAACUUUAAAGAAAGAGCUCGAGAACGUGAGGAUCUGCUAUGGGGCAGCAAAAGAAGAAAUCGGCAAGUUGCAGAGAGAGCUGUCUCACAAGGUGUCUGAAUGUAAAGCCUUGGUAUCAGAGUGUGAAAGAACCAAGGCGGAAUCUGAUGGACAGAUAAAACAACUGGAAGAUGCUUUAAAGGAUGUACAGAAGAGAAUGUUUGACUCUGAAGGCAAAGUUAAGCAAAUGCAGGCCCACUUUCUUGCUCUGAAAGAUCACCUGACUAAUGAAGCUGCGUCGGGAAACAGUAAGCUGACAGAGGAGCUGAAGGAUCAGUUGAAAGACAUGAAAACAAAGUAUGAAGGAGCCUCUGCCGAAGUGGGAAAACUAAGGAACCAGAUUAAGCAGAAUGAAUUGCUGGUGGCAGAAUUUAAGAGAGAUGAAGGAAGGCUAGUGGAGGAAAAUAAAAGGUUGCAGAAGGAACUUGUGAAGUUGGAGAUGGAGCGAGAUAAAAGGGGAAGAAGCGUCGUGGAGUUAGAAGGGCAGCUCAAAGAAACAGCAGCAAAGUUAGCCCGCUCUGUCGCCUCAGAGAAAUUUGAGAACAUGAGGAGUUCGUUAUCAAACGAAGCGAAUGAGAAAGCAAGGAAGUUAGCGGAGAUGGAAGGAGAGCGGGAGAAACUGCAGGCAGAGAUUCUGCUUUUAAAGAGGGAAUUGGAGAGUCAGAAAGCUGAACUUGCCCAGCGUGUGAAGCCGGAAGACCACGAACAAAUGAGGAGUGGGUUUGAGCAAAAAAACGAGGCGCUUGGGAAGACAAUUUCUGAGUUAUCAGAGAAGAAUCAGAGCCUGCAGAAGGAACUUGAGAGAUUGCAGGUUGAUAACAAGAUGCUUAAGCAGCAAAUCCAGAUGAUAAAAACCGAAAUUAAAAGCCAGAAUGUGCCUUUAAAAAUUCACGAAGAGUUGAAGAAAACAACUGAUGUGACUGUUGGUGACCUGACCAAAAAGCUUUUUGAAGUAACAAAAAAGUAUAAUGACAGCAAAGCAGAAGCUGAAAAGUUGUUGGCGGAGAAGAACAAUUUAAGUAAGAGCAUCAGCCACUUCCAAGCUGUGUACCUGUCUCCAGAGCAGCACGAAAAGGAAGUGGAAGCUUUAAAAUCUGAUGGCGUUGUACUUGAAAAGCAGCUUGCUGAGCUUCAGAAAAAGUAUGAUGGUGAACAAGCAAAAGUGUGCAAGCUAGUCUCUGAAAACACGGUCAUAAGAGAGACUCUGAGGGAUCAGUAUGUGUUGGCUACAACACACGAAGAGAUGAAAACAGUUUGGAAUAACACGCUAGAAAAAACAAACAGGGAGCUGUCAGAGCUGAAGGAAAAAACUGAGGAGGUGAAGCAAGAAUUCGUGAGGGUAAAUGAAGAAAAUGGGGCUUUGAAAAAUAAGGUGAAACUCUUAGAGAAUCAGCUACAAGCAGAGUAUAUAAGUUUAAAAGAUCACGAAACUACCGUGACCGCCUUAAAUAAAAGCCUGCAGGAACUUCAGGAGAAGAACGCUGCGAUUGUGGCUGAAUAUAAGAGGGGUCAAGAAGAAAUUUCAGGGUUGCAUGCAGAAAUUGAAGCCCAGAAGAAGGAGCUUGACACGAUUCAAGAAUGCAUUAAGUCAAAAUACGCCCCGGUUGCCUCCUUUGAAGACAGAGAACAAAGCUUUGAGGCCGCAGUGAAGGAGCUGCAAGCACAGCUGCAGGAGCAGGCGCAGAAGUACAGAGCAAGCGAGGAGGAGAACAAGACGUGGAGGCAGGAGAAUGAAAAGCUCAAAACCGGCAUUCGGUCCAUCCAGAGCGACUUGCAGCAGAACUAUGUCCUUGCGGAGAAGUCCCGCGAAAUGGAGAAAAUGUUCGCAAGCAGAAUGGGAGAGUUGAAUGAGCAGCUGAGAGAAUUGCUGCAGAAAUACACGGGGGAGAGAGAGGAGCCGCAGGAGAGUACUGAGCGGCCCGUGGCUACGCAGGCUCAGCAUCUUGCAGUAGAACAGAUUGAAGCCUUGAAGAAGGCUCUUGGUCACACGGUGGAGGAUCUGAAGGAAGCUCUCAGAAGCAAGAAGGAGUGUUACGACAAAGAAACACGGAGAGUAGGAGAACUACAGCAGGAGUUGUCAGAUCUAAAAAGAUCUUCGGUACCUUUGGUAGAGUAUACAGAAAUGAAGGAAAUGCUGGAACAAGAAAUCACCGCGACCAAAAACACCUUGAAAGAAAAAGAAGAUGAAAACCAGGUGAAAAAUGAGAAAAUCUUGGCGUUGCAGUCUGAGAUUCGGCUUACUCAGCAAGCUUUGACCGACCUGGAGAGCAGAGAGGUGAUCGAUGUGUCGGAAUACAAAUCCAUGAAAAGUACUCUGGAGGCCCAGAUUAAUAGCAUAGCUGAAACCUUGUCCAGUCUGAAUAAAAAGUACGAGGAAGCACGUGAGGAGGCUCUGCAGGCUAAGAAGAGCGAGCUUUCCUUAAAGGAUGAAAAGGAGUUGCUUCAGCUGCGCAGUUGCAGCAUUGAGCAAGAAAUUAAAGACCAGAAAGAAAGGUGUGAUAAAUCACUGACAACAAUUAUUGACUUGCAGAAGAGAAUACAGGAAUCUGCGAAGCAGGUGGAAGCCAAGGAUAACAAGAUAACAGAGCUACUUAAUGACGUCGAGCGGUUAAAACAAGCUCUUAAUGGCUUGUCUCAGCUUACGUACACCACGGGGAUUCCCUCCAAGAGGCAGAACCAGCAAGUUGAAAUGCUCCAGAACCAAGUGAAAACGCUGCAGCAGCAGCUGGCUGAUGCGAAAAGGCAGCAUCAAGAGGUAGUUUCAGUUUACCGGACACAUCUUCUUAGUGCUGUGCAGGGUCACAUGGAUGAAGAUGUCCAAGCUGCUUUACUCCAGAUCAUUCGAAUGAGACAGGGACUUGUUUGCUGACGUGCUUCGUGCCAUCGCUCUUGGAGGUGGCUGCGUCUUGUACGAGUGCUGUGAUUACGGUAGUGAUAACCUUCAUGAG